CCCUAUCAACCCUCUCCCACCUCACCACCAGGCACCACAACCAUCACAAUGAACUUAUCCAGCUCCAGUCCCUACGGGGACAUAGCUCACCCACACCCCCGUCACUUCCAUCACCCACACCCACACGCACCCCUCCACACCACCGACAUCGGACUCUUCAAAUCCACCCUCCUCCCCUCCUUCACCCUGCACACCACCCUCGACCUGGCCGCCUUCAUCGCCUCCAAAGCCACCGACCGCGCCGAAAUCAAAGACUGGUGCUGGCCCUCCAGCCAGGUCCUCAACGCCUGGUGGUCCGCCAUCGGCCACCAAGUCCUCUACCACAACAUCUCCCCCCAAACCGCCUGGUCAUCCCUCUCCUGGACAGAAAAGGUCCUUCUCUCCGCCGUCACCCUCUGGGGUACCCGUCUAUUCACCCGUGUCGCAUCCCGCACUAUCACCCGCGGCAAGGAUGACCCGCGCUACGACCAGUUGAAGAAAGAAGAUCCCCAGGGUUUCUGGACCUCGGCUCUCUUGAAACAGUAUCUCCCUGAAGCGGCGUUCCUGACUCUCAUCUCGCUUCCCUUCACUGUGCCGUUCCGAUUGACCUCUUCGACUUUGGCAUUGGAUAGCGAUGUCCUGGCAACGGUCCGCGCAUUCGGCGUCGCCCUUUUCGGAGCCGGUUUCGCUUUGGAAGUCCUCGCCGAUGCGCAGUUGGAGAAACAUCGCGAGGAACGGACGGAUUUGUGUCGGACGGGAGUGUGGAGUAUUGUUAGACAUCCGAAUUACCUGGGGGACACCCUCGUGCACAUCUCCUUUGCCGUUCUCAACAUGGCCAACAACUUCAACCCGAUUGUCCUGUUGGGUCCCUUGACGAACUACAUCUUCCUUCGCUUUGUGGGCGGCGAUAAGCAGAACGAGGCGAGUCAGGAAACGAGGUACCGUGCCGAAGACCCGCAUAAGUAUGAGCAGUUGCAGGCUUGGCGGCGAGAGAAGAAUAGUUUCUGGCCUGGGUUCACGGAGGUGGUUAACCCGUGGACGUGGGCGGUUGUUGGUGCGGGUGUGGUGGGGGUUGUUGUGGAGGAGGGGAUUCGGGGGUGGAUUUCGAGGUGAUUUUCGUAUGCUUGGGUUUUGUAUGUGGAAAAGAAAGGACAAGAUUAAUGUCAUGAAUCAC